CAACAGACUUCAAACACACGUCAGAGCUCAGAGCAGAGAGACUCCAGGAUUAGUGUUUAACAUGUUCUCCUUCUACAGAAUUAAAACUUAACUAUUAAUAAAUAAAAUGACUUCUCCGCUCUCCACCCUGAGGAAGAACAGACGAGCUCCUCUACCGCAGAGUCAAGGUGAAAGAGAAAGAAGAGAUCACACAGAGAGGAGCGAUGCAGAGAACGAAGCCUCUCUGAUUAGAGACCUCUUCCCCACGAGACAGCCGGGGUCAGAGGUCACAGACAGCCUCAACACUCUCAGGUCAAAGGUCAGGCUCAGAAGCAGUCCUAAAGAAGUGUCUCCGCCCACUGAUUUUGAGCUGAUGUCCAGCAUGAUGCAGAAACUCACUCAGUUAGAGAGGAAAGUGACAACACAGGCGCUGGACAUCGACAAGAAGACAAGAAGAAUCGCAGUUCUGGAAGAGAAACUGAAGCUGCUACACGAGAAGACUCAGAGAGAGACGCAGGAUGAUGAGGAUCUGAACAGGAAGUGCUACAGGCUGCAGAAGCAGGUCUGGGAGAUGGAGAAGUUUCUGAAUGAUUACGGGAUGAUCUGGGUGGGAGACGCCGAGAACGAGGACGAGGACGAAGAAGCGGAAACCGAACAAACAUCACGUCAACCAGGAGCGUCUCUGGUCAGGAGGUUCUCCGUGAACUUUGACCUGGUGCUGCAGAACAUUCGGGAUCUGAACGUUCUGGCAGGAGAAGGAGGAACUCGCAUCACCUUCGUUCCUGGAGGAGCCAAACUGACGCAGCAGCCUGCUGUAGAUCUGCAGCUCUACAGCAACGGCAUGGUGACGUUCCACGGCCCCUUUAGACCCUACACAGAACCCCAGACACAGAGAUUCCUUCAGGACCUGAUGGACGGAUUUUUUCCCUCUGAGCUGCAGGACAGGUUUCCUCAAGGUGUGCUCUUUCAGGUGGAUGACAGGCGGGAGGAGGAGUUCAGGGCGGAGUUUCCGGGGAAAGGUCACACAGUUGGAGGGUCAGAACAGGAAGUGAUGCGUUACAGAGAGGAAGCGAGUGAAACGCACCUCAGUCUGAGCCACAGCCGCGUACCAGACAGGAAGUUGUCGAUGCAGCAGUUCCUGAAUAAACUCCCGGAGUGUGUGGUGAAAGGAGGAAACGUGAUCAACAUUCGCUCGUCAAUCAAACACCAUCUGCAGGGUUGCGACGGUGCUGAGAGUUGUGUAUUGAGUGUAAUAGAAACACCUGCGUUACAGAUUCUGAGAGAAAGACCGGAGUGUGAUGAAGCGUCUGAGAUCUCCAGCCUGCGCGUGAAGUCUGAAGACGGAGAGAAGACCUUUAUUCUGAAAAUGUUCUUCUCCGAGACUAUUGGACAUUUACGCCGAUACCUGGACGCUCACAGAGGCUCUGGCGGACCUCCCUAUGACAUCAUCAGCGCGUUCCCGCAUCGGCGUUACCAUAGCGAUGACGACCAAACACUUCUGCAGUGCGGUCUGACACCCAACGCCGCCUUGUUGUUGAGGCCCCGCCCACCAGUGACAUCAUAGUAACGCAAUGUGCAAAAAACGAUGGAUCAAAGAUUGCCGGGUUUUAAUUUUAAAUAAACUGUUUGGACAAGAAGUUAUGAGUCAAUUUUUUAUUAUAUAUUUAACAUUUAAAUAUUUAAUUCCAGAAAAUCCUCAAAUCUAAAAUCACAAACUCAUUGUCAUUAGCUUCCUAGUUAGCUGAAUAUCACCUUUAACAUUAUUAUUAUUAUGAUGAUGAUGAUGAUGAUGAUGAACAUGCCUUCCCAGCCAAUCAGCAACGAGUACAGAUGUAAAUAUAUAAAUGUUGCAUUUCUAAACGUAAUUUGAGUCGUAUUUCAUAUUUUUACCUCAUAAAGUUUAUUAAAAUAUCGUCCUCUCUCUCAGUGUGUGCAAAAUUGGACAAAAAAAAAUCAUUAAAACUUAUAAGUUCGUCAGUUAUUAGUUUGCGAUAAACUGCACACUAAUUUUCUAUAUUAAUGCGCUCGUUCUGAUACGUUACCGUUUCUAUAGCAACAGCUCAUUCACAGGGACGUGUACAGCAGACGCUCCACUAAUAAUAAACAGAUUAAAUAAAAUCGUUGAUAUGGU